ACCAUCGGAACAAUUGAUAGCUGAACGGCCAUGGUGGAGAAGAACAGUGAAGUAACCGACGUUCAGAGUUGUAGUGCAGUUUACCCAUCAAGCUGGUUUUCGUGGAGGCCUACCUCAAUGGCUAAGCUUGCACAAGCUGAAAGAAAAAUUCUGCAAGCAUUUUUGAGGAAAACAACAUAUGAUACAAAGUAUGUGACAUUACCGAAGACCCAUCAUAGACUGUGGACAUUGACAGUGGACCACAAAGACAAUGAGACCAAUCAGAAAAAAGUUCCUCUUGUCAUGGUCCAUGGAAUGGGAGGAGGAAUUGGACUGUGGGCCCAAAACCUUGGUCCCCUCAGUGAAAACCGUCCAUUGUAUGCUUUUGAUGUGUUGGGAUUUGGACGAAGCUCAAGACCACAUUUUAGUUCAAAACCUGAAAAAACUGAACAGCAGUUUGUGGAAUCUAUAGAAGAAUGGAGAAAAGAAAUGAAUAUCCAAGAAAUGAUUUUACUGGGGCAUAGCUUGGGAGCAUACAUCUCGGGGGCAUACAGUUUAAAGUACCCAGACCGGGUCAAGCAUCUUGUACUGGUGGAUGCCUGGGGGUUUCCAGAGAAACCUCCUGAAGACCAACAGAGGCCAAUACCCAUGUGGAUUAAGGUUAUAGCCACUAUUAUAAAACCUUUCAAUCCACUGGCUGUUCUACGUGUGGCAGGACCAUUUGGGCCAGGACUAGUGAGACGAUUUAGACCAGACUUACAGGACAAGUUUUCAGACACCCUGGAAGAUGAUACAAUAUUUGAUUACAUUUAUCACUGUAACGCACAGUCACCAAGUGGUGAGACAGCUUUCAAAAACUUGAAUACCUCGUUUGGUUGGGCUAAAAACCCAAUGAUCAAUCGUUUACCUGACCUGAAGAAGGAUGUACCGGUCACUCUGGUGUAUGGGUCCAAAUCCUGGGUGGACAGUAACACAGGCUACCACAUCAAGUACCUCAGGAAUGAAAGCUUUGUAGAAGUGGCUGUUGUACGUGGAGCAGGUCAUCAUGUCUACGCCGAUAAACCAGACCCGUUUAACAAACUGAUUCAGAGGGUAUGUGACGCAGUAGACAAUAAUACAAACCCCAAACCUCUGAAAUUUCGGGAAAGUUUCAAAGCUUCAAGUGACUCAUCUACACACACAUCUAAGACAAUCUCAGAAUCCAAGAGUUCAAAAAACUUGGUGACAGAGGAAACUCCAGAUGAUGAGGACAAAGAAACAGUUCCUGCUCAAGUUUUAUAGCAUACAAUGGUGCCAAUUUAUUGUUUUCAUUAGUUUUAUUUAGUCUCAAUUUAUUUUUCAUUUUGGCUUUUUAAUUGUUUUUCUUUUUAUGCGUAUGGGUCUUGAUUAAGAAUCACCAAAUGAAUUGUUUAACUCUAUUUUUUUUUAGAUUCAAAAAUGAUUUUAUGAUUUUUAAAAAAAAAAAAAAAGAAUUUAA